GACCAGAAGCAGGAAGGAGGAAUAACAUCCAGACCGAGACGCUGCGUUUGAUCUAUAAUACCUCCAUGGUUUGAUCUCAGCUCGUCAUGAAAAGAGUCACGCUGUUUCUCAGCGGAACCUCCACCAACGGGAAGGUGGCAGCUGUGUUUGGCUCCAUGGAGGACUUCCUGGGCGUGGCCAGUUCCAAGCUGGGAAUCAGAGCCUCCAGUGUUUAUAAUGGGAAUGGCGGCCUCAUCGACGACGUGUCCCUGAUCAGAGAUGAUGAUGUCCUCUACAUAUCCAACAGCGACACAUUCGAAGAUCCUGAGAAUGAUGGAGACCCAGAGAAGACUCAGACUCACACCGAUUGGCUGACGCUCAACGUGGGCGGACGGCGCUUCACCACCACGAGGAGCACGCUGGUCAGUAAAGAACCGGAGAGCAUGCUGGCCCACAUGUUCAGAGAGAAAGACGUUUGGGGGAACAAACGGGACUCUGAGGGGGCGUAUCUCAUCGACCGCAGUCCAGAUUACUUUGAACCAAUACUGAACUUCCUGAGACACGGACAGCUGAUCAUCAAUGAGGGAAUCAACCCGCUGGGUGUGCUGGAAGAAGCUCGCUUCUUUGGAAUUGAGGAGUUGGCUGAACAGCUGGAGACACUCAUAAAGUUGUCUCAGCCUCCCGAUGAUCAUUCUCCUCUGACCCGAAAAGAGUUCACCAGGUUCCUGCUGGCGACAACCACCAAGGCAGAGCUGCGGUGUCAGGGUCUGAACUUUAGCGGAGCAGAUCUGUCUCGUCUGGAUCUCCGUUACAUCAACUUUAAGAUGGCCAAUCUGCGUGGAACGAACCUCUCCCACGCCAACCUGAGUGGCGCCAACCUGGAAAGAGCGGACCUGUCCGUGGCAUGCCUUGACGCAGCCAAUCUUCAGGGUGUGAAGAUGCUGUGCACAAACGCUGAAGGGGCUUCACUCAGGGGCUGUAACUUUGAAGAUCCUGCAGGAAUCAAAGCCAACCUUGAAGGAGCGAACCUGAAGGGCGUGGACAUGGAGGGCAGCCAGAUGACAGGAAUCAAUCUGAGGGUCGCCACCCUGAAAAACGCCAAACUGAAGAACUGUAAUCUGAGGGGGGCCACGUUGGCUGGAACGGAUCUGGAGUUCUCUCCCGAGGAGGGCCUGAUCCUCCGGUCAGCCUGCCAGCUCAGCCCGAGGAGCACCCAGCCACCUGUGUCCGUGAGGCCCACGCGCUCAGGAGCCCGGACGGGAGCCCGCGGUCCGACGAGUGGACCGGAUCCCCGCGCGCACCGAGACGCCGUGAUAGGCUCCGUUGACCAGGGCGGGAUCGCCCGGCUGCUGCACCCCUGUCUUUUUAUUUCUUCAGAGUCGAAGGAGAAGAGAGAGAGACGAGAGACUGCUUGGACUGAAAGCCGAGAGGAACGAGGCCGCAUCGGACUGGAACCCCCGACAGAACCCGCUCCAGAUGCAGAAUCCAGAGGAGACGUGAGGCUGUGUUUGGGCGAUCAGUCAGUUAGAACGGUGUAAAGCUGAACUUAUGUUUAAUGAGAUUACUGUAUGCGUAUUACUGUACGUUAUCAUUAUUGUGUUCUUUAUCAUCUUUAUUAUUAUUACAUUUGAUUCUCUUCUUUUCAUUCCAUGCAUUUAACGUUUAUGUUUCAUUUUAUUGAUUGUUGUUUUUCUUGUUAGUUAAUGGUGUUGUAAUAAGGUAGUUUCUGCCAUCAGGUUUAUUUGGGUGUUGCGUUUAUCAUCUUUUGACACCCGUAUGUAAAUAAAUUCUGAUUGAUUUCUUUAUGAGUGGUUGUGUUAUUUCAUGCAAGAUUUGGUCACAAAUUGAUUUGUUUAAGCAGAGCCUAGUGUUCGGAUAUCACGCCUUCACUGUUAUUCUGUAAGAUUUGCUGUUCUGCAGGAUAAUUCAAAUCAUAAUGAGACUGAUUUUCUGCUGUUAGUUAUCGAAUCCCACCGGAAGUAAGGCCCCGGCGGUGGUGCCCCUACGAGAAUUAUCAUUUUUGAUAAUACAAUUUGAUAAAUAGUCAACUUUAUUAAUUAUUAAUAAUUCUUUAAUAGAAUUAUCAUUAGCCUUGAUAACUGGACAGCCAAGCUACCUAUGAGUUGCACAACAUAAAUGGUGCCCCGUGUGAGGCUCUCUAAUAACAAUAUUUGUGACCAAGUUGUAUGAAAUAAUUGAACAUUAAUUGUCAUCAGAAGAAAAAUAUUUUUUUUUUUUUUUUUUCUUCCCCUCAUUAUCUGAUUCCUACGGUUAUUUUAAAACCUCCCUGUUCUCUGCAACCUUGCUUCACUGAAGUUAAUGGUUGGUUUUGCUUCAAGUUCUUUAAAUUCUAUUAAUAGAACUUUGUCGGGAUUACCCCAUGUGAGUUAUUAAUCUUUCGGAUUAAUUUCUACCGUGUUUGUUAAAUUGAAUCUUUAAUUUGGUGGCAUUUAAAUUUUAAUCCACCUUAUUGAUUCUCUUUUGUUUUUUUUUGUGCUUCCAAGGUUAUCUCAAUUCUGUUUAUGAUAACCAAGAACCCAACUGCUUUGAGGCACAGAUCAGAGUUGGUUCAGUCUCUCAUGCUUCAUUUAUUGUCUCAUUCCUCCUAAUCUGGGUGAUAACGUGAAUCUACUUCAUUACUGAGUGUUAAUCUCUUGGCAGAGUCGCAAGCGAAACACUGGUGUCCGGUUCGUGAACUGCGUGUGGUGCACAGGGCAGGAAACUCAUCGCAUUUGGACGCAGAGCCAGCAGAGGUGACCCGAGGUUGACUAAGAAGGACCAU